AUGGUCGGCCAGCCGUCGUACCGGCAGUGCCUGACUCAGUGCGAGCAGCGCAACUGCUCGGGGGCCGCCCUGCGCCACUUCCGCUCCCGCCAGCCGCUCUACAUGAGCCUCACAGGCUGGACCUGCCGAGAUGACUGUAAAUAUGAAUGCAUGUGGCUUACAGUUGGACGCUAUGUCCAGGGAGGUUAUAAAGUGCCUCAGUUCCAUGGCAAGUGGCCCUUCUCCCGCUUCCUGUUCUUCCAGGAACCUGCUUCUGCCUUCGCUUCUUUACUUAAUGGACUUGCCAACCUUGUGAUGUUGAAUAAAUACAAAGCAUCUGUCCCGCCUUCAUCUCCCAUGUAUCACACAUGCAUUGCCUUUGCCUGGGUUUCACUAAAUGCCUGGGUCUGGUCUACAAUCUUCCAUACAAAGGACACUGAUGUAACUGAGAAAAUGGACUACUUCUGCGCUUCAGCUGUCAUCCUGCACUCCAUCUACCUGUGCUGUGUCAGGACUCUGGGGCUGAAGCGUCCAGCUUUUGCAAAUGCCUUUGGGGGUUUCCUUAUCCUGUUCCUGGCCUGUCACGUCGCAUACCUGACGCUUGUGCGCUUUGACUACGGCUACAACAUGGCUGUGAAUGUGGUGAUAGGCCUCCUCAACCUUUUCUGGUGGCUGGCCUGGUGUGUCAGGAACCAGCAGCGCCUCCCUUACGUCUGGAAGUGCAUGGUGGUGGUGCUGCUUCUCCAGGUUCUGGCGCUGCUCGAGCUCCUGGAUUUCCCUCCCCUGUUCUGGAUCUUUGAUGCACAUGCCAUCUGGCACAUCAGCACCAUUCCUGUCAACAUCCUUUUCUACAGUUUCCUCGUUGAUGACAGCCUGUACCUCUUGAAGGCAAACUCGGACAUUAUCAAAACAGACUGAAGCUGUUGGAGGAAAGUAGAAUGGGAAAGAGCUAACUCUUCCCUGACAGAAGGUGCUGUGCAAAACCUUCCCGGUGACUGUCCCAACAGCACCCCUGAUCUCAAGACAGCCUCUCUUGAGGAGCGGUGAUGUUGUGCAUCUUCUAUCUUCCACUGUUGAAGUGUCCAUAUCUGGAGCUUCUUGCCAUGCCAAGGCCUCUCUCUUCCCAAGCUCCUGGAUGCACUGGAAAACACCUCAUUCUUCUUCAGAACUUUACUUUUGCUUCCUCCACUCUUUUGUUGCCUUCAGAAGUUCUUACUCUUGAUCUUGUGACUCGUCCCAUUAGAGUGUCAAGGAUCUGUCAGAACAUUGGUGAUCCAUCUCGCCCACUUGUCCUCCCCACUCGCUGCAACUCUCUUCUGUGCUACCAGGCAACCUUCAUUUCCAUUUCCACCAUUUAAAAGAAAUCAUUGAGUGAUUCUGGGCUUGCUCGGGGGACUUCAGAUGGAGUGGGGAAAUGGGCAAAAGCAACUAGUGGCAUGGUAAACUGAAAGAUAACAAGAGCAAGUUGUGGAGACAUCUGAUCAUGAAGUUCUGAGGUCCACAGCGUCAUUGCUUGCUGAAAAGGGAUUAUUGUUAAUCUUAAAAAUGCUGGAUAGCCCAGGGUGUCCUUGGGUAGCCUGGAUUUAUGCUGUGCUGUAAACCUUAAUCUUUUGUCCUUUGAUUAUAAGCAGUGAAGGCACCUUCAGCACUUGAGAGGUCUGUCUUCCCAGAGGCUGUGGGGUCCUUGGGUAGGCACGUCUCACCUCUUGUGAGAUAAGAAGUGUUUGAAUCUAGAUGCUUGUGCAGUCUUUGAAAAACUUGCUCUAGUGUGAAAUGUGGGGCAGGUUCAGAAGGUUCCACUUUUCCUUCGUUGAUUAGUUGUGAAUUUUUGGAUGCUGCAAAGCUAUCCAGUGUGUCCUAACUGGAGGGAAGGGGAGAAAGCACCUGCCCUGGAGGGAGCAGGUCCUGCAGAUUCCCUUGUCUCUGCAGCACUUACUAGUUGCUGAGUUGCCCAGAUCAAAGUGUCAAUGAAAUUUGUUGUGUGCCACACGGCAAUCCUGGCUCCUGCUACACACCCCACCCCAGCCCUCUCCCCUGCUGUAACUGUAUCAGGUGGUAGACUGCUGUACCCAACAGGAUAAGGACUUCAUGAGGGGAAUCCUAGAGUGCUGGGGAAUUGUGUGUUAAAGCAGAGACCCCAGGAAUGCUGCAUUGAUUGGGGGGGGGGGGGGGG